AUGACUGCUGAAAGAAGUUGGAUGUAUGCCCAUCUCAGAGAUGGUUUACUCAAUCCCAGAUAUUUAGAGGGUAUCAAAGAAUUUAUAGAGAAGGCUAAGAACUGCCCAGAAUAUUUAAAUGGAGACCAGAUUCGUUGUCCUUGCAAUCGAUUUAAGUGUCAGAACCGUAGCUUUCAAGAUGAAAAUACAGUUAAAUAUCAUUUAAUGAAGCAUGGUUUUGUGCAAAAUUACAAUGUUUGGUAUUUGCACGGCGAAACUGAUGUGCAUGACGGAUAUGAUAAUACAUUAUUAGACAUGUCUUAUGGUUGUGACAGUGUUAAUCACCCAAAUUUCAAUCGGUUUGAGGACAUGGUCAUGGAUGCAUCAAGCUGUAAUGUAAUACAUAAUGAUACGUAUGAGAUACCAAACUCCGCUACACAGAAACUGUAUGAUAUGUUAAAUGCAUCUAAGCAAGAACUAUGGCCUGGAUGUGAAAAUCACUCCCAGUUAUCAGCUGUUUCACGUUUACUAAAUUUGAAGGCGGAACAUCAUUUCUCUGAACGGUGUUUUGAUCAGAUAUGUGAACUUAUGAAGGAAAUGUUACCGAGUGACAAUGUCAUGACGGAUGGCUUUUACUCAACAAAGAGACUAGUCCAAGGAUUGGGGCUUCCUAUACAAAAGAUACACUGUUGUGUUAAUGGUUGUAUGAUUUAUUGGGACAAUGAUGAAGAACUUACAAGAUGCAAAUUUUGUGACCAUGAAAGGUUCAAACGCCUUAAGCACACUGUGGAGAAAGGAAAGAGUCUAGUAGCAUACAAAAAGAUGUAUUACUUCCCCAUUACGCCACGUUUGCAAAGACUUUAUGCAUCGUGUGUUACAGCUAAGUAUAUGACUUGGCACAAUGACCAUGCAAAUGAUGAUGGGGUGAUGCGUCAUUGUUCAGAUACUCCUGCUUGGAAGCAUUUCAAUCAAACUCAUCCAACCUUUGCAAUGGAGGCCCGAAAUGUAAGACUCGGCCUUUGCACUGAUGGAUUUCAACCAUUCGGUCAAUCUGGGCAACAGUAUUCCUCAUGGCCAGUAAUAUUAACUCCAUACAAUUUGCCACCAGGUAUGUGUAUGAAAGAUGAGUAUAUGUUCUUGACAAUUAUCAUACCUGGUCCCAAGAAUCCAAAAGAGAAGCUUGAUGUGUACAUGCAACCAUUAGUGAAGGAAUUAAAAGAACUGUGGGAAAUGGGUGUGAAUACCUACGAUGCAUGCCACCAGAACAAUUUCACUAUGCGGGCUGCUUUACUUUGGACUAUUAGUGACUUCUCUGCUUAUUCAAUGCUUUCAGGGUGGAGCACCGCUGGACGAACUGUAUGUCCCUACUGUAUGAAAAACACAGAUGCAUUUACAUUAAAAAGGAGGGGGGGGAAACAGACAUGGUUUGACAGUCAUCGGAAGUUUUUACCAGACGACCAUGCAUUCCGUCGAAACAAGAUAUCUUUUAUUAAAAACCAAACUGUCUCCAAGUCAUCGCCGCCAAUUAGAACUGGGGAAUACUUGCUAAAAGAGAUUGAGCAAAUUGGUUUGAAGCGGAUAAUAGACAUUGACAGUCAUGAAAUAAAUGGUCGACUUUCAAAGACAACUGGUUGGCGUAAGUGGAGCAUACUGUGGGAUUUGCCAUAUUGGUCAACAAAUAUGAUUCGCCACAAUCUUGAUGUAAUGCACAUUGAAAAGAAUAUAUUUGAAAAUAUUUUUAAUACAGUGAUGAAUGUUGAGGGGAAGACGAAACACAAUAUAAAAUCAAGGGAAGAUUUGAAUGAAAUAUGCAGGAGACCAGAAUUGAAGAAAGAUCCAAUUAGCGGAAAAUAUCCAAAAGCAAGUUAUUGUCUGGACAAGCAAUCAAAGAUGAUAUUGUGUGAUUGGCUCAAAACACUUAAAUUCCCUGAUGGAUAUGUUUUCAAUCUAGACAGAUGUGUUGAUAGUCGGAAGCUAAGACUUUUUUGGUAUGAAAAGCCACGACUGUCAUGUUUUCAUGCAACGAAUUCUUCCUAUUGCUCUCAGAGAAUUGCUACCGAAUAA